AUGUCCAUAAACUCAGCAGUAGACCGUUCUUACGUGACGCCAAGUGGUUAUGUCGGGUUCGACACUAUCACAAGCCAAAUUGAGCACCGUUUGUUGAAAAAGGGCUUUCAAUUCAAUAUCAUGGUUGUUGGCCAUUCAGGACUCGGAAAAAGUACACUGAUCAACACUUUGUUUGCUUCACAUUUGGUCGAUCCCGCAACAGGCCGUGAUAUAUCCAAGGACCCUAUCACAAAGACCACUGAGAUCAAAGUUUCGACGCAUUCUUUAGUAGAGGACAGGGUGCGCCUAAACAUCAAUGUGAUCGACACACCUGGAUUUGGAGAUCAGAUAAACAAUGAAAAAGUUUGUGAUCCGAUUGUGAAAUAUAUCAAGGAGCAGCACUCUCAGUAUCUGCGCCGGGAGCUCACUGCUCAACGCGAAAGGCUCAUUCCGGACACAAGAGUUCAUGCCGUGCUAUACUUCAUCCAGCCUAAUGGCAAGGGUUUGACACCUCUUGAUAUCUCUUCACUGAGGAGACUAACAGAGAUAGCCAACGUUAUUCCGGUCAUUGCAAAGGCCGAUGCCUUGACGAUGGAUGAGAGAACUGCUUUCCGCGAAAUCAUUCAGCAGCAGUUUGAACGCUUCAAUUUUAAAAUAUAUCCUUACCAAUCGGACGACUUAACUGACGAAGAAGUCGAGUUGAAUGAGAGUAUAAGGUCCAUCAUUCCGUUUGCUAUCGUCGGAUCCGAAAAAGAGAUCUCGAUUAACGGUGAACUUGUUAGAGGAAGAAAGACUCGGUGGGGGGCUAUUGCAGUAGAAGACAUCAACCAGUGCGAAUUUGUCUUUCUAAGGGAAUUUCUGAUCAGAACUCAUCUCCAGGAUUUGAUUGAGACGACUGCUCUCGUUCAUUAUGAGGGAUUCCGGUCUCGGCAGCUAAUAGCGUUGAAGGAAAACGCUACUAGUCGUGCGUCGGCAGCACAUAUGUCUCAAACAUCUUCUACCAUGCUUCAGCAACGCUAA